GGAGUAACGGGUCACGAAACCAAUCGUGAGCCUGCUUUGUUCCGUGGCUGGGUUUGAAAUUCUGUCCGGUCCAACGGCUCGCGGAGCGGCUGUAGAAGGGUGGCAGUCAGCGUUUGCGGUGGUUGUUGCAUUUGGCUGUGUGGAGUAGGUCGGGUCUCGACGCCCGGUUGCUUGGACGUCCGCCAUGAGGAGAAGUGAGGUACUGGCGGAGGAAUCUAUAGUAUGUCUCCAGAAAGCCCUAAAUCAUCUUCGGGAAAUAUGGGAAUUAAUUGGGAUUCCAGAGGACCAGAGAUUACAAAGAACAGAGGUUGUCAAGAAGCAUAUCAAGGAACUCCUGGACAUGAUGAUUGCUGAGGAGGAAAGCCUGAAGGAAAGGCUCAUCAAAAGCAUAUCUUUCUGUCAGAAAGAGCUGAAUACUCUGUGCAAUGAGUUACACAUAGAGCCAUUUCAGGAAGAAGGAAAGACAACCAUCUUGCAACUAGAAAAAGAUUUGCGCACACAAGUGGAAUUCAUGCGAAAACAGAAAUGGGAGAGAAAACAGGAACUAAAACUACUUCGAGAACAAGACCAAGAACUGUGUGAAAUUCUUUGUAUGCCCCCUUAUAAUACUGAUAGUGCCUCUGUCCCCAGCUUAGAAGAGCUGAAUCAGUUUAGACAACAUGUGGCAACACUGAGGGAAACAAAGGCAUCUCGGCACCAGGAGUUUGUCAGCAUAAAGAAACAGAUCAUACUGUGUAUGGAAGAAUUAGAUCACACACCAAACACAAGCUUUGAAAGAGAUGUGGUGUGUGAAGAUGAAGAUGCUUUCUGUUUAUCUUUGGAGAAUAUUGCAACACUACAAAAGUUGCUUCGGCAGCUGGAAACACAAAAGUCACAAAAUGAGGCAAUGUGUGAAGGACUCCGUGCUAAAAUCCGUGAGCUCUGGGACAGGUUGCAGAUACCUGAAGAAGAGAGAGAAGCUGUGGCCAUGGUUAUGACUGGGUCAAAGGCCAAGGUCAGAAAAGCGCUGCAAUUAGAGGUGGAUCGGUUGGAAGAACUGAAAAUGCAAAACAUGAAGAAAGUGAUUGAGGCAAUACGGGUGGAGCUGGCUGAGUACUGGGACCGGUGUUUUUACAGCCAGGAGCAAAGACAGGAUUUUGCCCCUUACUACAUUGAGGACUUCACAGAAGAUCUGCUCCAGAUCCAUGAUGCUGAGGUUGUGAAGUUAAAAGAUUAUUAUGAGACUCAUAAAGAGCUCUUUGAAGGUGUUCAGAAGUGGGAAGAAAGCUGGAAGCUUUUCUUAGAGUUUGAGAGAAAAGCUUCAGAUCCAAGUCGAUUUACAAACCGGGGAGGAAAUCUUCUAAAAGAAGAAAAGCAACGAGCAAAACUCCAGAAAACACUACCUAAGCUGGAAGAGGAGUUGAAGGCACAAAUUGAAAUGUGGGAACAGGAACACUCAAAAGCAUUUGUGGUGAAUGGGCAAAAAUUCAUGGAGUACGUGACGGAGCAAUGGGAGAUGCAUCGAUUAGAGAAAGAGAGAGCCAAGCAGGAAAGACAACUCAAGAACAAGAAGCAGACAGAGACAGAGAUGCUCUAUGGGAGUGCCCCCCGAACACCCAGCAAGCGGCGAGGACUGACACCCAACACGCCAGGCAAAGUGCGCAAGCCAGUUGCCACUUCCACCUGUUCAGGGAAGAAAACACCCCGUGCCGGAAGGCAUGGAGCCGAAAAGGAAAACCUGGAGCUCAAUGGCAGUAUCCUGAGCGGUGGGUACCCUGACUCGACCCCCCUCCAGCGCAACUUCAGCAUUAAUUCUGUUGCCAGCACCUAUUCUGAGUUUGCGCGAGAACUUUCAAAGGCUUCCAAAUCUGACGCUGCUUCUCGAGUCCUCAAUUCGACCAACAUCCAGUCCUGAGAAGCCCUGAAGUCAACUAGCUGUGGCUUCCUGUGCCCAGACUGCACCUCAUUAUGUGGGGAGGGUGGCUUUAGCUUUUUAGCAGUUUAGGUGUGCUUGCAACCCUGGACAGCUUCCAUAACCAUGGGCCUAAUUUGAAGACGCAGACGAGUAGUACAGAUGAAAGUCCAUCAUAGAUUUAGUGAGUCCUGAGAGACUUAGUUUUAUUAAAACUCACAUUAAAACUUAGUGCAAAUUUUAGCAUAUGAGAUCUAAUUUCUUCCUCUACCCCUUAAUUCUACUUGCUGAAACGUGAUCAGGGGAUUGUCUUAUUUCACCAUUGUGUAGGAAAAUGGUUGACUGUGCCCAUCCUUAGGGUAUAGGACUUGAAGUAAUUUGGGCUUAUAAUUAGUGAUUAACUCCUUUUUUGUUUAGAGAUGUUCAAGUAAUGCUUAGCUGUGAUAGCUUUGCUGUCACCUGAAGACCUGUCCACACCACACAGGACAGACAGUCUUCCUCUUGAUGAGAACGUCAGUGUGUCAGAAGUUAAGAUAGCCUGAUCUGCCAAAGAGGUGACAGAGAGGAUGAGAGCUCCUUUGUUAAAUUGUAUACAGUUCUGAUAGAUAGUGCAAUGCCCUUUGUUGGGUGUAUGUAUGUACGAACACAUAUCUGUCUCUUCAGAGUUUGUCCCUGGGGCUUCCCCCCCCACAAACCCAUCACCACCACCCAGCUCCAUGCCCACUCUGCCUGAGUUCUACCCCUGCAGCUGCCAGCCAAGUCAGGAGGCUGUUUAGAUGGGCUGGGACAUUUCUCUUGUGGCGACCUGGAACUUUGCAUGUUGUUCCUGCUUCUUUUUUACCUGUCAAUCACUACUGCUCUUCCCAAAGCACUAUUAUUUAUUCUUAUUGUCUGCCUGCACCGAUACUGCUGUCCGUAUACUAAAUGGUUCUCAAAAGCUUACCAGUGUGCACUUGGUCUAUGUCGGGCAUGCUGUUUA